UCUUUGACUGUAAUCUUGAGAUCGGGUGUUCGACUCACCCCCGGGAGAUUUCUUUUUUCUCCAUUGUUUUUUGGAAAAACUGAAUUAGAUGUCAAGGCACAAUUUCAUUUUGGCAAUAGCGUAAGUCCAAAUCAUGGCACACAAUCUUCAAGGAGCCACAGUCAAUCAACACACCCCGGUCGUGUACAAACCAAUACACGAACCCCACAUUUUUCGAGUGUUGCUUCACCACAUUCAGUUACCCCAUCAAUGGACGACAUUACAAAGGCGAGCUUGACAGAGGAAGAGAAAAAGGCCCACCACAUAGCGUCGGAACAAAAGAGGCGCGAGAACAUUCGGAUGGAAUUCGACCGCAUAGUGGAAUUAACUCCCAGUCUUUCAUCUCAGGAGAGCCGCUCUGAGUUGAACAUUCUUACCAAAAGUGCCGACUAUAUUGAUAGCUUGAAAGAAGAAAAUGCCAGAUUAUUAGAGGUGUGCAAUGAGAGAGGGAUUACCGUACCCGAACACUUGAUUUACAAAGGCCCCGGUAUAGCCCAUGAGCAAGCGAAAAGGUAGGUGAGAUUCAAACUUGAAAAUUUUGUAGAGGGUUAUUUUAGCCCAUGAUUGAAAUUUGAUACCAAAGCUUGAUAUAAGUCAACAAUCAGAGCAUGUCAGUGGGAAUUUGUACGACAAGCAUUUAUAUGGACAUACUCAGCCGGUUCCUCUGGUGGUGAUUGCAAUUCAUCUUCAUCAAUGUGCAGCUUUUCGGAGUAAAGAAUGUCAUUGGAGGUGUCGUACCCUCGUGAUUUCGCAACCCUUGCCAAAUCAGGCAUAGGUUAAGCUUCU